GGUGUGGACUCUCUGGUGCUGGAAAGCGUGAUGUUUGCCAUUCUGGCAGAACGAAAUUUGGGUCCAAAACUUUAUGGCAUUUUUCCGCAGGGACGCUUGGAGCAGUAUCUUCCGAAUACUCGCAUGCGCACAGAUCAGCUCUCGGAUCCUGCCGUCUCAGUUGAGAUUGCCAGCAAACUGGCACGCUUCCAUGAAAUGGUUAUGCCCUUCAACAAAGAGCCCAAGUGGCUGUUUGGGACCAUUGAUAAAUACAUGGAUCAAGUGUUGAAUCUUAAUUUUACACGUGAGACACACAUGAAGAAGUACAAGAAGCUGAUGAAGCUGGACCUGCCUGCUGAGCUGAAGAGUCUUCGUGCAUUGCUGGCAUCAACUCCAUCACCAGUGGUGUUUUGCCACAACGACGUCCAAGAAGGAAACAUCUUGGUGCUGGAAGACCAGUACCACAACUCAACAGAGAAACUUAUGCUUAUAGACUUUGAAUACAGCAGUUACAAUUACAGGGGUUUUGACUUUGGGAAUCAUUUCUGCGAGUGGAUGUAUGAUUACACGUACAACGAGUGGCCUUUUUACAAAGCCACACCUGAAAACUAUCCAACCAGAGAGCAGCAGCUUCUUUUCAUAAGAAGUUAUUUGACUGAACAAAGGAAGCACACUGACUCUACCAUGGACCAGACACAAGUGGAAGAGAACAUGAUCCUUGAAGCAAACAGAUAUGCAUUAGCAUCACACUUCCUCUGGGGUCUGUGGUCCAUCAUUCAAGCUAAGCUAUCCAAGAUCGAGUUUGGGUACAUGGAUUAUGCUCAGUGCCGUUUCGAUGCCUACUUCAAGCAGAAAAAGCUCUUCUCUUGAACUCCAUGUUAAUCGGAACGUACAAGGGCUUCACAAUAUUAGGAAAAACUUGCCAUAUUUUUAAGUUUGCGAUGACGUUGUUGAUUGUGAUGAUUUCUUCACUCCUCGGCAUUCUUGUUUGUCAUGACCACCAACUUAACGAGGUGUGGGCACAAAGGCCAGUGACAUUCUUUUAAAUUGACCAAAUUUAUUGUUAGCGUGCAGAACAUGAAUGCAUGGCAUUUUAAUGGCAAAUCAUUCAUUGCAGUUCUUUGCAAUAUACUGUAUAUCGGAGUCAUUGAGAUGACAAUACGUUGAUGAUAUACUGUGCAGCCCUAGAAUGUACUGGUUAUUUGUUUGCCAGCUUGCCUCGUGUUAACAUGUUGUAUUUUGUUGAGACUUUUCAGGUAGGUUUGCAUUUAUGUAAAGAAAAGAAAUCAUUCAAAGACGAGGCAUGGGUCAGCACAGUGAAGUGUAAUCGUUUCACUUUGUAAACACAUUUUUAAGCAUUUCCCUUUUUUCCCCACCAUUAGUGAUUCUUUAGCUGUGUUCUCUGCAUGUCAGAGGUCAGUAAUGAUCAGUACUUGUUGCUUUGUUAGAGAACGAAUAUCUUUUCAUUUCAGACUGUAAUGUUUUUUUGAUAUGUUUUCAUAUAUCAGUUCAAUACUACUGAGCUCAGUGUUGAAGGCUUUUCUGUAGCUCGUUGCUUUAGUGUUUUGAGUCAAUCUACCUCCCCUUGUUUUUUUUUACUGUUAGCUCUUUAGUUGGAUGCAUACAUUUCAUUGCAGUUGAUUGUAACUGCUUUCCAUUUGUUGCUGCUUUUAUUUAUUCCAUAACAACUUCAUAUAUUUCUCCUGUUAGAGGUUUAUUUACUGAUAUUAAAAAGUGAUGAACCUACGCAGCUUCAGCACAUAAUAACAAGGGCUAUUAGUCGUUAGAAAGUUCAAGUUCUUUAAAUCUGCAUUGUUUGACCUCGUCACUAUCAUUAUCAGUGAACAACUUUAUUUCUGCCUCUGUUUACCAGCUUUCACAACAGGUCAUUGUCAUGCCGAUGUUCAGUUCUAAAAUCUCAUUUGUUUUUUGUAUUUUUGCGUACAAACAUUUAAUAGCAUGAAAACUUCCAACACCUCAACUUCUAGCCUUUUCAGUCUUAUUCCAAAUAAGACACAACUUUGAGCUCUGAGAUCCAACAAUGACUGAAAUGUAAACUCUUAGUUUUUGUUGUAAAAAUGUGACGUAGGGUUUUAACUUUGUUUAAAUUCUAUCUUUAAUAUUUUUGCUUAUCUGGACUGAAUUUUAUUGAUUGUAAUUAAGUUAACUUUGUCCUUGUUUUAUUCAUUAAUUCAUCUGUGUACUCCUGAACGAAACUAAUAAAACUUCAGCAGUUUUUAAAACA